UAAUUUUUCUGUGUCAGGCGAUAUAUCUCAACAACUUAUUUUUUUAAAAGGGUGCAAUAUGAGCUAUGUAGACUUUUGGGACAUCAUCCAUCUUAAUACUUAAAGCUCUGAUGGGAUUCAAUGCAUUGUAUUGCUGUAAUCACACCGGAGUUUCUGCCAGAGAAAGCGAGACGAACGGCUUCGAUAGAACUUAGAGAUACAAGUCUUUGGUGACAAACGGCGCCACUCAUUCUACCAUUGGAAAAUUUUAUUUUAUACUUUGGUUCGCAUUUUUUGGUAUUAAAUCUGGGAGAUUUUAUAUGCUCAAAUUUCUGGGGCAGUCGUCCGCCUUCCGUUGGGGUGUUCUUAAGCAAUUUCCCGGGCUGCAAUGUCAUUCCCUUGCUCGAGCUGAUCGCCUCUCCCUCGAAGCGACGAAGCCACUGAGGUGCCGUAGCUUAAAUUUGGAUGCUUCGAAGCAGUAGUGUGUUUGACCCGAGUUUUUCCUGCUAAAAUGGCUACCAAAACAAUCAUGAAGUGGUCCAAAAGAGUUACUACUGCUCAAGUGGAGAAGCUAAUUCGGGCGGAGCGAGACAUUGAGAAAGCCAUUGUCGUCUUUGAUUCUGCUACUGCUGAGUAUAGCAAUGGUUUCCAACACGAUGAGAAAACCUUCGGUCUUAUGAUAUCGCGAUUGGUCUCGGCUAACCAGUUCAAGUCUGCAGAGGAGCUUCUCCGUAGGAUGAAAGAGGAGAGGUGUGCUGUUUCGGAAGACAUCUUCCUCUCCAUUUGCAGGGGCUAUGGACGGGUCCACAGACCUCUUGAGGCCAUGCGUGUCUUCCACAAGAUGAAGGACUUCGACUGCCAACCUACCCUGAAAUCAUUCAUAACGGUUCUUGAUAUACUCGUAGAGGAGAACCAGUUACAAGUCGCUCUUAGGUUCUACCGGUACAUGAGGGAGACAGGCAUGUCCCCUACUGUUGCUUCCCUUAAUGUCUUGAUUAAGGCUCUGUGCAAGAAUAGUGGAACGUUGGAUUCUGCUCUUAAGAUAUUUCAAGAAAUGCCGAGUAAGGGAUAUGAUCCUGACGUUUACACAUAUGGUACGUUAAUAAAUGGUUUGUGUAAGUUCAGGAAGAUUGAUGAUGCUAAGGAACUUUUCAAAGAGAUGGAGACAAUUGGUUGCUUACCAAGUGUUGUCACCUACACUUCUUUGAUAAAUGGGCUAUGCCAGUCAGAGAAUCUGAGCGAAGCUAUCAGGUUGUUCGAGCAGAUGGUGGGGAAGGGCAUUGAGCCAAAUGUGUUCACUUAUAGCUCCCUAAUGGACGGGUUCUGCAAGAGCAACCACUCUAUUCAGGCAGUAAAGCUAUUGAAUAUGAUGAUUAGCAAGCACCAGAAGCCUAAUAUGAUUACUUAUAGUACUUUGAUCAAUGGGCUCUGUAAGGAAGGAAAAGUUCAAGAAGCUUCUGAAAUCCUUGAUAGGAUGAAACUUCAAGGGUUGAAACCUGAUGCAGGUUUGUACGGCAAAAUCAUAAUUGGGUUAUGUAAUGAGCAAAGAUUUGUAGAGGCUGCAAAUUUCCUUGAUGAGAUGGUGCUUGGACGGAUCACUCCAAACCGGCUUACUUGGUCUCUUCAUGGAAGGACCUACAAUGCAGUAGUUGAAGGGUUGACUCUUUAUGGAGAUAUAAACCAGGCUUUUCAACUUUACCAGAGCAUGCGUUCCAGGGGUAUUUCAGUCAAUUCCAGUAAUUUAAACAUGCUCAUGAAAUCUUUUUGCAACCAAGGAGAUCUAACAAAAGCCGGUCGAAUUCUUGAGGACAUGAUGGUUGAUGGAUGUGCUCCAACUGAGGAUAUCUGGGGCUUACUCCUGAAUCUAUUCCAGGACCAAAAUGAACUAGACAAUGCUGCUGAGUCCUUACUAGCAUCAAUUACUGAGACUGGCGAUUCUGAGACGUAAUUUCAUGGCGAGGAAGCUUCCAGCAUCAUUUAUACAAGCAUUUCAUGUGGUCCAUGCUUCAUGACUGCUUUCAUAUGGACUUAUGGUACAAAGGAGGAGCAAGCCUGGGUCACCCUCAAUCCCAUGGAGCUGCUGCCUUCACUCUGGAAGCAAAUAUCGAGCAUUAGCAGCCUGGUGCAACAAAGCUAAGCCCCCAGCUACGGGAGCACCGACUGCGGGAGCACAUCUUUUGAUUCGAUGUCACAGAUCAUGGAUCCUCAUGGUGUGCUGUUGUUUGUACCAACAACUUGGUAGAAUGUGAUACGAUGAGAUAUAAUGCAGUAGAAACAAAGACAUCGGGAACCAAAGGUUACCAUACUCAUGACAGUCAAAGCGAACCCUCUCAUUCUGAAUUAAAAAUAAUUUGGAAUGAAUCAGUAUCUGCAAGUCAGCUGCAGAAAAAGCGAGGUUUUGGACUUACCGGAAGAUCAGCGGGCCUCCUUUGUUACCAAGAAAAAAAGCACCUGCCAUAUUUUUCUGUGGAUGUAUGUAUACAGUAAUACACUAGCGCCUUAAACUUUACCUCUUUCUGAUUGUCACCUCCUAAACUUUUAUUUCUACUCGCUAUAUCAUAUACAAUCAUUUUUGUUCCCCGUA